AUGAGGUUACUUAAAACUAGUGGUUUAGUUAUCGACAAUAAAGUAACUGCAGUAGACACAAAUACUCAUAGACAAUUUGAGCCCGAAUGUGAUAUCCAACAUACUUUGGAUCAAAUAUUUUAUGACUCUGAUAUAACAUUUCCUGAGUUACUAACUUUAUGGAGGGCUACAACAAAGUUCAGAAACUAUUUAGUGCCACUUGGAUAUAAAUUAAUUGAAAUUGAUUUCAAUACAUUGUACCCAAAUUUAAAAAUUAAAGAUCCAUCAAGUAGAUCAUUGUUUGAGCAGCUAAAGAACACACCUGAUACAAGUGAAAAUGGAAAACAUGCAAUUAUAUUUUGUUUACUUCAUGCAGUAUUUGUUCCGACUAGUAAAAAAGUGACAAGAGACGAAUCUGGGAAAAAGAACCAAAUUAAGUACUCCGUUAAAGAUUCCAUUAAUAGUUUCAUGAUUUUUAAAAAUACAGUAGCUGAAGUUGAGGACUAUACAUUAAUGCUUAGAAAUGGAAAUCAACCAAUACAACCUUUUCUCAUUAUAAUUGGUACACCAAUUAACCCUCAAGAAAUACUUAUAUUUUUUGAUUGUAUAAAGUACAAACUGUUCUCCUUAAAAACGGCUGUUGAUACUUGUUUUAAAAUAUUUCAUUUAUUCAAUUUGAAAUAUCCGGUACAAUCAUCUAACGUUUGGCUUUUUAUUCAAAAAUUUUUUUAUUCACUAACUACUAAAUAUGACAAACCAUACCAUAAUUUAGGACAAAUUUUAAGUGACUUAAACACAAUUUAA